AUGUCGCUCGAGACGAUCACUCUAGAGCAUGUUCCGCCUUCGCACAAGGUCCACGUUGCCUUCUUCAAGUCCGUCUCCAAUGCCGCAUUCCUGCAGUCACAGCUGCUCGCACGGAAUCCCGACUUCGAGUAUGCAUUCAUCGACGCGUCGUCUGUGGUGUCACGGCUACAAGUCCUGGCCGUCAUAUACAAGGCUCUAAGCAUUUUGCUCGAUGGGACUCUGAGGACCCCAAACGUUCAUUCCGAGAUCGUCACCUCGCUCAGUGCGAGUAAUAAUAUAGCCGAAGCCUACCGUCGAUAUGGAAUCACAGCCGAGACCACGAGCGUUAUCAUCGUCAAGGUCGUCUUCCCAACGGAUGCCAGACCUGAGCCCCCCUCCGCUGAGCAUAUCUGGAAGCACCUGCAAGACAACGUUACGGGUUCUUUGGUGCCGUUCACGGAUGACGAGAUUUCAGGAUCGACCGACUGGGCUAAAGUUCGCAAGUACUACAAAUUGAACGGAGCUCCUUCGUUGAAUGGGCUACAUGACGAGGUUCUAAAGACCAAAGAAGCCGAGAUGCUAGUCCUCGGCGCCAUGGCUUUGCGUGGGGUCUGA